UGACACUUGACACUUGUCAAAGAUGGAUGAUCCGCGUGACGUUAAAACAGGACUUGAUGAAAGUUGCACUUUUAUAUUUAAAAAACGGAAUAUAAAAAAUAAAGGGGCGCGGAAGCGCCAGAAAUCCAGUUCGGAAGGAGAAAAGUCCAACAGUGAGGACGAAUCUGCGGUGAAGCGGGCGAACCGGCGUCGGGGAAAAGCAAACCCCAACUUCCAAACCACAAGCAAAGCCAAACAAAAAGAACAUGAGCAGCAGAACUACUCAAGCAGUGAGGAGGAAAUUAUGGUUAGUUACAAGUCCAAACGGUCCGCUAUGCCUGAGGGACCUCAAGAUCAGGGAGCGACGGCGACUCUUGAGUUUGAAACUGAGCGCGAUCGUGACGCCCAAGCCAUUUUCGAGAAGCGGCUAGAAAUUAAUAAAAAUCUUGAGGGCAAGGAAGACGAUAAAGUCUACAGAGGCAUCAACAACUACGCACAGUACUACAAGCCCAAAGACACGGCUGCGGGCAACGCCAGUUCGGGAAUGGUCAGGAAGGGCCCCAUCAGAGCCCCCGCAAACCUGCGUGCCACCGUCCGGUGGGACUACCAACCCGACAUUUGCAAGGACUACAAAGAAACAGGCUUUUGCGGUUUCGGGGACAGUUGUAAAUUUUUGCACGACAGGAGUGACUACAAACACGGCUGGCAGCUUGAGCGGGAAUGGGCGGAAGGCAAAUAUGGGCAAGAAAGCGACGAGGAUAAACAAUACGAGAUUGACUCGGACGAAGAGGAUUUGCCGUUCAAAUGCGUCGUUUGCAGGGACAGCUUCGUGGACCCGAUUGUCACAAAGUGCAAACACUACUUUUGCGAGAAGUGCGCCCUCGAGAGGUACAAGAAGACGACGAGGUGCUUCGUCUGCAACACGCAAACGAGUGGCGUUUUCAACCCCGCGCGGAAACUCAUAGCGCGGCUGAAUCGAGAGGAUAAUCCUAAGAAAAAGAAUGACUCAGAUUCGGAUUCCGAUUAAUGUUUUUGUAAAUUGUGUAAUAAAUAAACAAAUAAAAAAUUGAA